CACUGGCGUCAGCUUUUCGUCUGAGCUUAACUCACUGCGGCUUCUGUGCUGGAAACAUGAGGGUCACCUUACUACUCCUGUCUGCAUGGAUGUUAUGUGAAAGCCAGAGGCUUCGUCUGCAGGGGAGCAAAAAGCCCUGUACUGGCCGUGUAGAGGUUUUAUACAAUGGCAGCUGGGGCAUUGUCUGUAGCCAGAAGUGGAGCGAGAACAAUGACCAAGUGAUCUGCAACAUGUUAAGAUGCGGGAUCCCUGUGACAUACACCCAGGGAUACAGCUACCCUGACGUACCUGAUACGAUGUGGAUGAAUAAUGUCAAGUGCUCGGGAAACGAAACAAAUCUGUGGAACUGCAGGUUCCCUGGCUGGGGCAUCAGUGCAUGCAGCCAUAAUUCUGAUCACGCCAACGUCGAAUGCUCAGAAAAUAUAGUGCUGAACUUAACAAACAAAUGUGCUGGAGCCGUUCAGAUCACAAAUUCAAAUGGAACUGGCCGUGUGUGCCACGAUCACAACUGGGAUGAAAAUGCAGCCAAUGUAGUUUGCCGUCAGCUGGGCUGUGGGGAGGCUGACCGCACCCCACAAGCCGGAAUCUUUUCAGCCGAAGGGCUCACUACCAUGAUGUCUGUGAAGUGCACCGGCGACGAGCAGCACCUCUGGAAAUGUGAGAAAACGAUCAAAGAAAAUUGCUCGAGUGCCGCAGGAGUCAUUUGUUCAAAUCAUACACAUCUGCGUCUGAGCGACGGGGAACACCUCUGUGCAGGCAGGUUGGAGGGGAAAGUGGGCAAGACAUGGAAGCCAGUAUGUAACACCAGCUAUCCUGCGGUCGAUCCUGACACUAUAUGCAGAGCUCUGCACUGUGGUACCUCGAGCCUUCACCAACAUUUAUCCUGUAAUACUUUUCAAGACGUCAGUCUCACCUGUUCUGACAAUGUUACACUGGUGCUCUUGGUGGAAGAAAAGGAGAGACACUGUUUUGGGGCUGUGCAUUUCAAAAGAAAUGAUAAGUACGAGGCAGUGUGUGCUAAUUCGUGGGAUACAAAGGACACCAGUGUGGUCUGCAGGGAGCUGAAAUGCGGAGAAGGUUUGUCUUUUAGCCAAACCACGACUGAGGGAGAUGGUCAGGUUGACCACGUGGAUUGUGAUGGCUCGGAAUCCUCCCUUCUGCACUGCGUAGCCCGACAUAAACCGAUCGCUAAGUGCAAGAAAGCUACUGUUAUUUGCGAAGGGAGUGUAGAGGUGCGUCUUACUCACAGCAUUGACCAGUGUUCCGGCAUCGUGGAGGUGUUUUAUGGUGGCACCUGGAUGAGUGUGAGUGAACACGGCUGGACAAAGAAUCACUCAGAUCUCAUUUGCAAAAAUCAAGGUUGUGGCCUCAGCUAUAACCACAGUGGCAAGUUAUAUAUGGAGGGAGAGGCACCAGUUUGGAUUAAGGUGCAGGGUUCUCCGGAGAAUGAUUCUUCAAUUGGACGGUAUUUAACUAAAUCCAAUAUAAUUGUUGACCACAAUAUCAAAGUAACAUGUGAAGAGUACAGAACUCUUCACCUUCAGGGUCAGGUGCCCUGUGCUGGUCAAGUAGCGGUCGAAUACAGGGGCAACAACUAUUGGCUUGCAGCAUCUGAGGAGACUUGGAACAGUCAGUCGGCCGCCGUGGUGUGUAGAGAAAGGCAAUGUGGGUAUGCCGUUUCCUUUGAAAGCAGACUAUCUAGAGAGGCAAAUCAGAUGUGGUGGAAGUACCUGUACAACUGCUCAUCAAGCAAGACAUCCCUCUUUGACUGUGAAAAAGUAACGCGUGCCAACCAAAGUGCAGUGGCCUACGUGAAAUGUUCAGGCAGUGUGUCUGUUCGUUUGGAAAAAACUUGCUGGGGGCAGGUGGAGCUAUGCAAAAAUGUGACAUGUGGCCCUGUCUGUGCUAGCUCAUGGACACUGGAUCUCUCUAAGAUGCUGUGUGAGAACCUGGGCUGUGGAAAAUCUUUUCCUGUGAUGGACAAGCACAGCCUGAAUAGUUCAUACCGAUAUAACAGUAUCUACUGCCCAGCAGAAACUAAAAACAUAACGCAGUGCAAUAUUAAGCUUCAGAAUAAUUCUUCUUGCAAGAAGGCCGUCAAUGUGUUCUGCUCAGCAAGUUUAAAAGCUAAACUGAGGGACUUGGUGGAUCACUGUUCCGGCACCGCCGAGAUCUUCCACUUGGGCCAGUGGAGUCCCAUUUGCUCAGACACACUAAAAGAAAACCUUCCUGAUUUGAUCUGUGAACAAGCAGGCUGUGGAAAAAAGAAGAGCAUCAACCCCAUUAACUCAUCUAGGCUAGGACUGGAGGAAAUUAAAUGCCACAGUGAGGCCUCCAUAGAACACUGUGAAAUAGGACAUAGGAAGAAUCAGUGUAAUCAAGUCAACCUAAAGUGCUCCGGCUGGGCCCGCAUGCUGCUGGUCGGCAGCAAUGAUUCGUGCGAGGGAAGGGUGUUUGUGGUGAGUGGGGAGAGCCUCCAACCCGUGAAUGUGGAGGGCUGGACUGUAACUGAGUACCAGGUGCUGUGUAGAAACCUGCAAUGUGGGACGUACAUCCGGCACAAGGGCCUGAAAAGAACUCUGGAAAAGUGGUGGCCAAAGGCAUACACAUGUACUGGGAAGGAGAAUAAAAUCUGGGAUUGUAAAACAAGCAGCAGGCCGAGCAUAACUGAGGAGCAGCUCUAUAUCAAAUGCUCAGAUAACCGAACCGUGGAGAUAUCUAAUGGCAGCAGUUGCUCUGGCACGGUACAGAUGCGCCAUAAUGGUGCAAUACAGAACAUUUGUGGUGACGGGUGGAACUUGACAAAGUCCAGAUUGGUUUGCCAGGAGCUGGGGUGUGGAGAUGCUUUCUACCACAUCACUCCGUUCUCAGUUCAACAUCAGGCCUACCAUCUCGACUGCGUCGGUGAAGAGUCAAAUCUCGGGCAGUGUAAAUCAGAGCUGGGCUACUGUAAUAGUAAGGUCUCUGUGACUUGCACAGAUAGCAUCAAAGUUCGGCUGUCUAAGAAUUGUGGAGGGGUGAUUGAAAUUUGCUACGGACACAGCUGUGAACCCGUUUGCUCCCUCGGCCCCUACUCUCAAAAGGAGCAACAAAUGAUAUGUUCAGAGCUGGCGUGCGGAAAUGUCCGGAACGAAUCGGGGAGCAUCCCAAAUUCCUCAGUUCCUGCUCUCAACCUGAGAAAUUCUCUGCAGUGCAAAGGCCCUGAAAACUUCAUCAAGUACUGUGUACGAAGAACAGGCUGUAACUCAAACACAUUCGCCGAGGUCUACUGCGAAAAGUUUACAGAUGAUCCACGCCGCGGCUCAGCUGGUCUGAUCGUGGGAGUGAUCCUGGGCGCCUUGCUUGUUAUCAUGAUAGCUGCCUUCAUCUUCUGGCAGGCAAGGCGCAAAAAAUCCAGAAAAUCGACACGUACAGAACAAAAUCCGUCUAUUUUUGAGAGUGGUGAAUACGAGGAUGUGGCCUCUGAUGACAAAGAAAUGAUGAGCAUGACUAUGCAUGAAGGAGAAGGAGAAGCUGUGGUGUGUGAGAUAGAGGCCGCUCCCUCGGAGGACUACGACAAUGUCGCACCUCUUGAGUGUGAGGAGGAGACAGCUGUUCUUCAAAGGUCACUGCCUUCUCAAGAGCACAGUAAUGAGGGUCAACCAGGGGAGCACGAAUGACAGAAAUUAUCCCCAACACAUCAAAUACCAGCCAGAAGUGGUCAGUUAGCUGGGUUUAGAUAUGUAUCUUGUGAAACUAUGGCUAUCUAAGGCUACCUUCAUUUGUUCUACUAAACUGCUUGUUUUCUUAUUUUGAUAACCGCUUCUACAGAACAUGUCACUUCUUACUCCAAUUCCCUGCGCUUAGUUUUUUUUAGCUUUCGGUAAACAUAUGUGCACAUAGAAAUGAA